GGUGAGCAAAAACGGAGAAGGUCGUGCAAAUCACACCGUGAACUUUAUUAUCCCGAUUUUGUCUCGUUAUCAGCAAGGAUCCAUCUCAAAACUCCAUCAAAAUGUACGGAAGUCGCCCACAACCUGGUAACGGAGGUUUUAACCGCGGUGGAAUGCAGGGCGGUCGGCCAGGUGGCCCAAUGGGUGGUGGAUUCCGACGUGACGGAGGGGCUGGUGGUUACGGGGGCGGUAACGGUGGUUCGUUCGAUCGUCAAUCCAACAACGGAAAGAAUCUCCGCAAUGUCAAGUGGGAACCAGAGGAUCUGACACCUUUCGAGAAGAAUUUUUAUCAACCAUCCGCUGGGCUCAUGAGCUUGACUGUCUCGGACAUUGAGGGCUAUCUGAACAAGCAUCAGAUCACGCUGAAAGGUCGUGAUGUGCCCCGUCCCAGCAUGGAGUUUGAGGAUGGUGGUCUGCCCGUGUACAUCAUGGAAGAGCUGAAACGACAAGGAUUCAGUAAGCCAACGGCCAUUCAGGCCCAGGGCAUGCCGAUUGCUUUGAGCGGUCGGGAUAUGGUGGGUAUUGCACAGACCGGAUCCGGCAAGACGCUUGCCUACGUAGUACCUUCGUUGGUACACAUACAGCACCAGGCGAGCAUUCGACGGGGUGAUGGCCCGAUUGCAUUGAUUCUUGCACCCACUCGUGAGCUAGCGCAGCAGAUUCAGCAGGUCGCAACGGACUUUGGAACGCGUGUUAGCGCGAACAAUACGUGCGUUUUCGGUGGCGCCCCUAAGGGACCACAAAUCCGAGACCUAGAACGGGGUGCAGAAAUCGUGAUUGCCACCCCUGGGCGGUUGAUCGAUUUUCUCGAGCGCGGCAUAACUAAUUUGCGCCGUUGCACUUAUCUGGUACUUGACGAGGCCGAUCGCAUGUUGGACAUGGGUUUCGAGCCGCAGAUUCGUAAAAUCAUGGGACAGAUCCGUCCCGACCGGCAAGUGCUGAUGUGGUCAGCCACUUGGCCGAAGGAGGUGCGCAAUCUGGCCGAAGAAUUUCUAGCCGACUAUAUCCAGAUCAAUAUCGGGUCACUGAAUUUGUCGGCGAACCACAACAUCCUGCAGAUUGUGGAUGUGUGCGAAGAUUACGAGAAGGAUCAGAAGCUGAUGAAGCUGUUGACGGAGAUAUCGGCCGAACCGGACACGAAGACAAUCAUCUUCGUUGAAACAAAGCGCCGCGUCGACGACAUUACUCGCAUCGUCAACCGCAAUGGAUGGCGCGCCGUUGCCAUUCACGGUGACAAAUCGCAGCAGGAGCGCGAUUACGUUCUCAGCACAUUCCGUAACGGACGCCAGGGCAUCCUGGUGGCCACGGAUGUUGCUGCUCGCGGUUUGGGUAAGUUUUUAAGUUUCCUCUUUGGGUGGCAUUUGUUUUCUAGGAAAACAGUACAUUCAUAUCCUCCAUAAAAAAAACAUGAGUUUUAGACUAAAAACAAUCCAAAGCAAUGCAAACGGUAAAUGUAGAGACUGACGUCUGGUUCGCAAACCCUGAAAUCGUACAAAUGUUGCAACAAAAUUCACAGACUAUUAUGUACAGCAGUUAUGAAAUCUAAUCUAAGCGUUCUAAUUGCGUUCUUGAAACUGCAAAUCGAACGUUAUAGCAAUCGUAAUUAGUAAAUUUAUCUAGUAUCUAAUAGCUGCUAUGUCUAGGAGUACAACAAAACGGACGGACAUAACAGAUCUUUCUGUCAGCUAUCGCGCAUCAGGUUGCAGAGAUGUCUGUCUACAUGUUUACCAUUAGAUUAAAACGCCAUGUUAUCCUUAAAGAAAGCAUAAAGUCUCUUGUAAUCUACACACGCCUCACACUAUUCAUGUUCCGGACUUGUUCUUUAAUUCAUUGUUGGGAUAGUUAUUCUGCGUUCAUGCAUCUUUGGAGGCAAUGAACUUUCUCUACCAAUCUUACAUCAUCUGCAAGACAAAAAAAACUUUACAUUGACAAAACUUAUAUCUACCGACCGACUUCAUCGAGACAUUAAACCCCUGGUCAACGAAACGCACCUUUUGUGCGGGUUGGCGUUCGUUGAUUGUGAACGAAAAAGCGAAAGCAAAACCUUGUCAGUCAAUUGAUUACUGGCCGAGAUCUUGAUUUAAAGCGAUAUAGAAUGAUAAGCAUUUAAGAGUGCCCAAUGGUUAGAUAAUAAUGUGUGGAGCCAAAACAGACAUACCUCUCGCAAGCAUUCAUAAAACUAGCAUCGAAAAAUCGGUGCAAACACUAGCUUUCCGAGCUGUUCAGACCAAAGCUCAAGCGGCAAGACACACCUGCUUAAAGGGAUAUUCUUCUGUAUUUGUUUGGUACUAUUGUUUCUAUUGCUGUCUCUAGCGGGAGCUGAACGCGAGAGUGAGACGAUGAGAAAAGUGAAAAAGAGUGCAAAUGUUGUAAAACGUUUUAUGUAUUUCCUGUAUUCACACAACCACGAUAAAAUAACAUAAAAAUUACAGCAGUAGCGCUUGUAACAUUUUCCCAAAAGUGACAGCCGCCAACUACUAAUGCAAAGGUGUGAGUUGGAGCAUGGAACCAUUUAUUGCGAGCACAGGUAUGUAUGCAUGAACGUGAUUUUAAUUAUUUCUUGCAGCAACUGUGCACCAUAAUGCUGAGCGUCGGUUCGAAUGGGAUCUGUGUGUAUUGGGUAAAUUUAAACACAAAUAUAACUGCAAUAUCGUGAAUAUCAGGAAAAAUAUAAAAUACAGUAGCUUAAAUUAUAUGAUCGGAUCGCUGGUUAGUAUCCAUCUACGUCGUAACCAUUCAGACUUCCCUUUCUGUCGAUCUGUGAUUGCAGUGGGUGGUUGGGUAUGGCAUGAGGAUGCUCUAACCACUUUCCAUCAUGGAGAACGUUUCUUACUCGCAGCUGAAACACAGAAACAAAUAUGGAGGCAGUUGAACAAGCAGUGUGCUUUGCUUGGCGCUAUUAAACCAUUCAUUAGGCAUUAAGGACAGUAACUGCGGCGCAGUUGCAUAAGGGUCGGGUGAUAUCAAAAAUAGUAUUAGGUACCUAACUUAAUUCGUGGAGUAUAUUGCCGGUCGUUCUAUACGGCAUGGUUGAGCGAAAUUUUAACUGUUACGGAAGCAUUGCUUGCCUUACCAAACAUUUCUAUGUGGCAGUUCGGACAGCACUGCAUCACCAUCGAUAGUAUUACCUUGCGAAUUAAGUUAAACCCCCUAAUAUAUAAGCAUAUCAGUUGUGCUUUGUCGUAAUCUCGAUUUGAUGUCAAAAUAGAGAUGUAUUCUCAAAUUCAUGGCGCUUCUAGUUUAAGAAUAAUGUUUGUUUUUGGUUCCUUCAUUGUUAAGUUACAUCGUUUCUUUCAUGCCCUGUGUCGUCGUAUGUCGAUUCUCACCAUUGUGCGAUGGGGUAGCAGGGAAAGAGACGCGAUUACUAUCCAUUAAACUAACCUAAAAACACUCUGCAGAUACCGUUUAGCGACACUUGUUGUGAUUUCUAUUAUUGCUGUAGCUCUUCACCCACGCAUAAGGACUUGAACUCACCGCUAUCUUAUCACAUCGUAUGUUUCUUUUUGCUCGAUUGGUUGAGUUUACUGGUAACGUUUUCGAUGAGCCGCAUGCAAGUUGGUGCAGCCAUGUCGAGGAUUUCUGUUUGUCUCCCAAUACACAGUGUGUUUGAAACCUUGAUUAGCUAAACGGACAAAUGCUGUCAGCUGCGUUUAGCAUAACGCACAAAGGAAGCGUGCCUGUGUGAGGUCCGUCCCAGGGACUAAAGUACCAAGAAAUGCAACUAUUUUAUGAUUUUCUUAAAGUUUUCUGUUUCUGUACGGCAUUUCGAAAGUACGUUUCGCCCGGUUUUUAUCGUACACGUUUCGUGAUCCACCAUUCAAAUCAGAAACCAUGUUCCUUCUCGUGCCCGUCCACCAGGCUAUAGUGUUUAAUUAUGCAAUAAUGACUGUUGAUAUCCUGGUUCAAACACACUCUCCAUGCUUCGGACAAUAGUUUGAUAAGUAUAUUUGUGCAAUUUGAAAGUAUUCACAUUUCCCGCUAUGAAUAAGCUCAAUGACCUAAGAACCGGCGACAGGUUUCGAUUGAGCUUUCCUGCAAUGCACGGUGUGUGCUAAUAAUUAUGUGGUAAGGCGUACCCAUAGCGCACCGCACAACAUGAUAAAGAGUUCCUUACGAGUGAGUGAAACAAAACGAAACCAGAUAUAUAAAUCUGAAAGAAGCUUAUGCAAAGUGUGAUCUCCCGGCCAUUUGUUUGACUGUACAAAGGAUGAAAUCGGUUUUUUGUAUACCUCAAAAGACAAAAGUGAAAAUAAUUCGAUAAAGACUAUUGGAAGGUUAACAUAAACUCUGCCAACCAACUGCAACAGCUUCAUUGAAAGCAUCGACCGUUGCACGUGUAGGAACACAAGCAAGGUGUUGUUUUUUAACCAGUGUUGCUUAGUUUAGGGACAUUCAAUUACAAAUGUAUACGUAGUCAGUCAGUCUCUGGAGAGUUGUGUGGUUCGUUGAUUGUUAUUGUCUUCUUGCACGACGACCACUACUAUCCGUCCACGGUCAGGAUGUGCAAUGGUAUUGGAUGAUUUGUGAGAUCUGAUUAAAGAAUACAAGAAUAAUGUUAUCCCACAUACACUUUCGAAUGUUUUUUGAGUCCACGGUUUUCGUUGUUGCGGUAGGAUAUCGGAACAACUGCAAACAUUAUUUCGCGCAACGUUAACCCGGCUCUGAUGAGAGAUCUAAAUUAUUCUCCUGAUGUUUAAUCCCCCUCCCCCCCACAAAAACAAGAACAAUUUCAAUAGUUGCCAUGUUUAAUGAAUUAAACGUAAUCUACCUAUCAUAUGCUUUUCCUUUUCUGUUUCCGACAUCUUCGCUACCUUUAACUCUAUCGGUCUAUCUAUAUUUAUUACAAAAUGGCACAAUGAUUAGUAAUAGUCCCAUUCAGUGUCUUACAUCUUACUUCCCAACAAAACCCUUUUUGCGAUAUGUGUGUGUGUAUGUGUACUCUCCAGGGCAAUCGUCCCUAUUCUUCCGAGUACCGAAUUUUCCUUUCUAAUUAUUAUAUGCGAAUAACACAAGCCUUCCCCCGUGUGUCACAUGC